AUGAGGCCGAUUGUCUUGCUCGUCUUCCUCGCGCCGGCGGCCCUCGCCGGACCACAGCUGCGCACCCGCGAUCUCUCCCCUGAAGUCUCCCUCCCAGCUCCAGCAUCAAUACCAGAAGUUGUCCCAAAGGAGGAAUUGUCUAUUGCGGAUGUGCAAGACUCGCUCUCAAACCCACAGAGCGCACACAAGCUCCUCCGGGUGCGCAGCGAGGGUAGCUUGGGCCAAGCGCCGUGGAUUGGGAUGGCCAUCGGUCUGACCUGCACAGCCCUGACGGCGGUGAUGUUGGGCUGA